AUGUAUGCCCUUCUUAUAAUAUUUAAAGCCGACUUCCAUCUUGACGCGUCUGAGGAUGUCACCAUAAAUGGUUACUCUUCCUCAGGCUCCAUCCGAGCCUCACCUCAGAUCGCUAGUUCGCAGACCAGUGAGCGCCUCGAUUCCGGAGUCGGUCUCCAGCUUGCCAGUCCCUGGACGCAGGCCGGUACCAUCGCUUUCGAUGUCGGCAGCAGCGGUCUUCUCGAUGGCUUGUCCGAGUCACCCAAUAUGGCGGCUGAGUUAUUCGGUAGCCUCGAGUGUAUCGGCAGAGAGGGCUUCUUCUCGUAUCGGCCGUCGAGCGGUUCAGAAAGCAAUCUGGCCGAGAGCCUGACCACCAGUCCAUCUAUUCGGCUCCUGGAUCCUCUGGAAUUGGCAACCUGGAAACAAACAACGGUCGCCCUGACCACGCUUGCUAGCCACAGACAGACGACGGGAGAGCAUAGCUUUGAGCCCAUUGCGGAAGAGGACGAGGCAGCCGUUGACGCCACACUGGCCGAGCACGCCUCAGCGGUGAGGAGCACACUCAGGGACCUUGAAAGCCUGGUUUGUCAUUCUGUCUUGGAUCUGUCUUUCCUCCCCUUCACACUGGAGGACCCAGAACUCCUGACAUAA